AUGGCGAUCCUGCAGCGCGCCGAGCCGUGUCUGGCGUCCCUGCUCGCCCUGCUCCUCGUCCUCGUCCUCUCGCAGACUGCCACGCGUGCUGCUCACGAGGAUGGCUCAAGUCCCGAUGCGCUCAGCACCCUCAGAUUCGGGCGGCGCAAGACGCUCGUGAUGCCAGGCCUACCGCCCGUGUCCACGGGGCUGCUGCUACCCCUCACCCCCAACAUGUGGGCGUCCAUCCGCCGCCGCAACCCCAACUUCCGCCACGCCAGCGUUGGCUUUGUCCCCCCUUUCACUGGCAACGGCAGCAGCAACGGCAGUGGCGAGGGUGCAGCCCCGCGGUGGACGUACCUUGACCGCGUUGACUGGCAGCAGCGCCGCAUGGUGCGGCCUGUGCAGAACCAGGCCUCCUGCGCCGCAUGUUGGGCGAUGGCAGCGGUGGCAGCAGUCGAGUCGCUCUACGCCAUCGCCACCAACUCGCCUCCCCCCGCCAUCUCCACCCAACGCCUCCUCGAGUGCGCCCCCAACACCCCCCGCACCCCCGCGCUUGCCGGGGCUGGGAGUGGGAGCAACGACACGGGAGGAGGGGGAACGUGGCUGGAUGGUUGCGAGGGGGGGUGGUCCGCAGAGGCACUUGAUUUCAUGGCGGUCACUGCCCUCCCCUCUGCUGCUGCUGUGCCUUUCAUCGGAGCGCGGGGUACCAAGAACGCCUCUCGGGGUUCCCUCUGCCUGCAGCAGCAGCAGCAGCAGCAGCUGCAGCCGGCGCCGCCGCUGGUGUAUGCUGAUAACUCCGUGCCGUUCACGCGCCGUACCCCUUAUAAGGGCCCCUUUAGCAUCACAAUGUUCGAGGAGACCGGGCUGGAGGGGUACCUAGGGAUGAUCCUGGCGCUGCAGCGACAGCCCGUGGUGGCGGCCCUAGAGGCGGACCAGCCUUCGUUCAUUCAAUACGAUGGGUCUUUUGUCUACUCGGACCCCUCCUGCUUCCUCAACGGCCUAGUGGACCACUCUGUACUCGUUAUAGGCUACGACCUCACCGACCCCACACCGCACUGGAUCGUUCUCAACAGCUGGGGCUCCUGGUGGGGGCGCUGGGGCACCAUGCGCCUGGCCAUGGCAGGGGGGGACGGCAUAUGCGGAAUUCACUCCAUGCCGGCCCUUUACCCGGUUAUCACCACUCCUGAUCCGUGCUUUCCCAUCAACCCCUGUGGCGGGGGGAAGUGCGGUGUGGAUCCUGGGACUGGGGGCAACACGUGCGAGUGCCCUGAGGGGUUCCGGGUGACUGUUAACAUCGAUGGGUCGCAGUCGUGUGCGCUGGCCCGCCGCUGUGGCUUCUCCAUGGUGAAUCCCUGUGACACGGGCACGUGCAUCGACAGCACCACCAGCCCGGGCGGCUACUCCUGUCUCUGCCCGCCGCCCACCCAGCGCGUCAACAACACGGACGGCACGCAGACCUGCGUGGUGCCGCCCCCGCCUCCCCCCACCAACUACUGGGACACCCCCGGCGCUGGCGGUGGUGGGGAAAGCGGCGGCAGCGGCGGCAACAGCGGCAGCAGCGGUGGUGUCGGCAGCGGUGGUGUCGGCAGCGGCAAUGGGGCAAGUGCAGGGGUGCGGAGAGUGCGAGUGGUGGAGGGGAUGACGUGUGGCAUGCUGGCCCUCACCUUCUGCAUCGCAGUGGACCAACUCCAGCAGACCAACCCUGGCAUGGACUGCAGCAAGCUGGAGGUGGGAGCGACUGUCACAGUGAACACCACAGCGGCAGCCACCGUGUGCUCACUCUCCUAUGCUGCCUCCCUGGGGGACACAUGUGCUUCGAUAGUGGAUCUCUUCAAUACAAGCACAUCCGCUCUCCUCGCUCUCAACCCCCAGCUCGACUGCACCGUUCCCUUCUCCUCCAGCCAAUCGAUCUGUGUGGCAGCUGCAUUGACCCCUCUCCCUCGCCGCUGCGCACGCUGGUACACCCCCCAGCCGGGCGACACGUGCCCCACCAUCAUGCGGUCCGUCGCCUCGCCUCCCCUCCCGCCCGCCCACUUCAUCGCUCUCAACCCCGGCCUCUCGUGCUCGCUGCUCGACCAACCUAAUGCCACAGUGGGCGCUGGAGUCCAGGUCUGUGUGAAGGCGGCUCCCAAUUGGACGGGAGCAAGUAAAGCCAGCCUCAACAUUCCUGAAAACAGUCAGCGCGUCAUCGCUCACAUCCGCUUCCACCCGCCAACCCAAUCCCAGUUUCAUACCAACUCUGUUUCUUACUCCCGCUCAAUAAUCUCGCCAUCCCUUUCGUCGCUCAUGGCCCUCAAGCAGCACGACACCUUUGCGCCAGCUUCUCACAACACCCGCUCGAGCCGAAUGAUCCGCCAGAUCAAGUCCUCCUCGUUCCAUCGAGAGGCCGCGCACACCUUCGAUACGAUCGACCUCGACAAGGACGGCAAAAUCUCCGCCCACGAGCUCGCAACUCUCCUAGCCCGCCUGGAUAAUUCCCUUGCCGAGUCGACGCCUGGACGGCGCGGUAGUUCGCGCGAGGCAGGAGGCGAUCUGAUUGGCUUCGCGGAGGAUGUGAUUCGCGAGGCUGACGUGGACGGUGACGGAAUGAUCGAUUUUGAGGAGUUUUUGCUCUCGGCGCGUGCAGGCCCGUCCCUGUUGGGCGAACAUUCCGUCUCCGUUGCAUCGUCAGAUGAGGAGGAGGAUGAAUCGGACGGUGGGGGUAAUUCAGAAAAGGAUGUGAGGGAAGAGGAUCUGUUUCGCGCGUUUGAAAUCUUCGACCUGGACGGCAACGGUGUAAUUUGCCCAAAGGAGCUGCGAUACGUGGUUGGUGUCCUUAGCGGGGAUGAUUUGACUACGGAAGACUGCGAAAGGAUGAUAAAGCGUGUGGACCAAGACGGGGACGGAUACGUGGAUUAUGACGAAUUCAAGACCAUGAUGGCCGGGGUUUUCGAUUGA